AAAUUAUUUAUUAUGUAUUUAACAGCUAAUAGUGUUUUAUUAAUUACAUUAAUAAAUAUAUUUUUAAGUGUUGCAUGUGUUUAUAAUCAAGAUGAAACAAAUACGGAAAAUAUAAAGGCUUUGAAAUUAACACCAAUAACAACAACAACAAUGGUUUCAAAUUGGUUUCAAACAUCUGAAAAGACUGAAACUACAAAACUAUUAAAACCUACAGAAACUACAGAAACAGCAGAAUCUACAGAAACUACAGAAUCUAUAGAGACUACAGAAACUACAAAACCUACUGAAACUACUUCUACCGAUAGAAAGGAAAAAUCAAUAAAAGUCGGAACUAAGGAUAAGCCAAAUUUGAAUCAACUGUUUUUGCUUAACUAUCAAGAGUUUCAAGACCUGAAUCCAAAUAUUUUACUUAAUUGUAGUAAAAAAGCUAAAUUUCCAAAAGUAGAUCCAAACCUUAACUGGGGAUUAAAUCCGUCAAAUAUUAAGCGUUUACUGAAAUCUGGUGCCAUUGAUGAAGAUAAUUAUGAAGAUAUUUAUCUGAAAAUAUCAAUGGAAAGAAAACUCGAUUGUAAGAACUGGAUCUCAGAUAUCGAAGACACCAACGAUUCCAAAGACGACAACAAACCCAACACAACGACUGAAGAAACUGAAAAAGAAGACGAAAACAGUGACGAAGAGUCGACUGUCGGUCUCUUCGAUUCAUUGGAAGUAUUGAAUAUUCCGAAUCGUUUGGGUAAACGAUUAAAUGGUAUUAAAAGUAUUAAAGGUAUUCAAAGCAUUUGUUACAUACGGACACCACUUUCAGCACUUAAUGGUGCCAUUGAAUCAUUGAUCAAAUAUUUGAAGAAACAACAGAAAAAGAGGCCUAAAAAACGAAAACUUAUCAAAAAGUUAACUAAAAAAAAUACAACACUUUAUAAGGAUUGUAGAUGUGAUGGGUUUUAUGAAGAUCUAACAUUUGUGGGACAAUCAGUAAAAACAUUAGAGUCAGUCUUCAUAACCACCAAACAAGUUAUCCGAUUGUUAGACUCAGCAAUGAUUUCACCAUUAGGUGAUUUGUGUGAAAAUGGACAGGGUCAGUUGGCUGAAAAAAUUGCUAGUGAUGUACUACCAUUGGAUCUAAUCGGCUGA